AUGGUUGUUUUCAAUGUACCGGAGGCGGAGAAACCCUCUACCACCACCACGGAGAAAGCAAAACCACCACAUCCUAAUCCAAAGCCAGAGAAACCCGCCACCAUGGAAGAAGUUGCCAUCACCAUCUCCACCUCUUCCUUGCAAAAACUUUCUAUAUUUCCACUGAAACAGGGAGGCACGUUUGAAGAUUCAAAAUCUUGGCUUUUCUUCAGAGAAAGAAAAUUGGGGGUCGAGAAGGAAAAAGAAGAAGAGAAGAUCACCGAAUCGGCGUCGUUCAAAGAAGAAAGCAAUGUAGUGGGUGAACUUCCUGAUCUAGAAAAGAAGGCCUUGGAUGAACUCAAAGAGCUGGUUCAGGAGCAGGUUCUACAAUACAAUUUGAGAUCAACAUCUCCACAAUGCCCCGAAAGUGUUCGACGAAAUGUCCGAAGCAUGUAA